CACACUUUGCUAGAUCAUUUCCAUUUUUCUUCCAUCAACUAAGUGCAACAACUAGAUGGAGGACUGGGGUUCACAUAAAAUUUGAAGUCCAAUUGUUAUCGACGAUAUAAUCUACAUUGCCUUUGUUACCUUUUAAGAAGAAGGAGAAGAAAAUGUACCCAAGAAUGAUUCAGCCCCACCACGAAGGUGGCAUAGUUGCUCAGGAAGACAUCCCAUUGCAGGGUACCGCUGGUAGGCCCGACCCAUGCCUCGUUUUGACCUCCGAUCCUAAACCUCGCCUCCGUUGGACUGCCGACCUUCACGAACGUUUCGUUGAUGCUGUCACUCAGCUUGGUGGCUCCUCUAAAGCUACGCCAAAGGCCAUCAUGCGGACAAUGAAUGUGAAGGGAUUGACUCUUUUCCAUCUAAAGAGUCAUCUCCAGAAGUACAGGCUAGGUAAGCAAUCCGGAAAGGAUAUUGGCGACGCAUCCAGGGAUGGGAUGCCUGCUUCAUACCUUUUAGAAAGCCCUGGCACUGGUAAUUCUUCCCCGAAUUUGCCAACUUCUGAUAAUGAUGGUUAUGAAGUCAAGGAGGCCUUGAGAGCACAGAUGGAAGUGCAAAGUAAAUUACAUCUGCAAGUCGAGGCUGAGAAGCACUUGCAGAUUCGACAGGAAGCAGAGCGUAGAUAUAUUGCCAUGCUUGAGAGAGCUUGUAAGAUGCUUGCUGAUCAAUUUAUUGGAGGUGCAGUUAUUGACACCGAAGGCCAAAAGUUUCAAGGAUUGGUAAAUAAGACAGCAAGAAGUUCCUCCCUUGAUCCACUUGGCUUCUACUCAUUGCACUCCAAUCAGGUGACUGGAGUGCACGGCUCAGAAGAAGAAGUUCCACCUGGUCUCCACCCCCAAAGGGCUGACUGUUCCACUGAAAGCUGCCUAACAUCACACGAGAGUCCUGGAGGAUUGCCUCUGGAAGGAUCUCCUAGUGGAGGGAAGAAAAGGAUGCUAAACUUGGACCCAACCACUGCAUCUUUGAUUUGGGGUUAAUUGAACACCCUUGUUGUACAGUAUUUCAACCGUGCUCAUCUUAGUGAGCUUGUAUUGAUAUUUAUAGCUUUUACACUAUAUUAGGUUAACGACAACUCUACCUCUUUACAUUGAAGUAUAUCUCUAUCUUAUACAUUUGAAUUUCUAUCUA